CGUACAGCAUUAGCGGAAGUUAUGACCUGUCGACAAAGAAGUAUUUUUAUUUGAAUAGUGAAAGGAAAUAAAGCCUGAAAUGCUUCUGGGAUAUCAUCAAACAGUGAUUCUUCUGCACGGUCUGAGGAGCAGCAGUAAAAACGUGUGUCCCCGGUUUGACUUUGACAGGAGACACCUGGGAACAGUACAGGGAGUUGUUAGUGUUGGAGCGCGGCGCUGCUGGAGAGUUUCUCCUGUUCUCAGUCAGAUAUUCACUUUUAAAUAUCAGCAGGUUUUAACACAUCUCAGUGUGGCACUGCGCCGUCCAUUUAAUUCAAACAAGUCCGAGUGUGGAACCAAAACCGCCCGGUUACUGAGCGGAGUCAGGUGGUCCAUUAUCAGAGAGUUGAACACCUCCAUCAGAGCAAUGCAGUAUGACCUGAGUAGGUCUGACAUCUCCAAAUCUGGCAACAGAAAGCUUCUAUUUGAUACACACGCCAUGGUUAAACUCCUUGAAGAGAGUGGUUUUACAGUCCAGCAGGCUGAGGUUCUUGUCAAGAUGCUACUGAAUGCAACCAACUCCAACAUGGAUGUCAUGUAUAGUGACAUGGUUACAAAGACUCAGCAGGAGAUCAUGUUGCAGAAGGUCAUGUCUCAUAUUGCUGCAGUGAAAAAGGAUAUGAUCAUUUUGGAGAAAAGUGAAUUCUCUACAUUACUGGCAGAGAAUGAAAGAAUCAAGGUAGAUCUUGCACAGCUGAAGUUACAGCUCUAUGAUAUGAUGAACAAAGUACGCCUAGAAAACAAGUUAGAUAUGAACAUGGAAAAAAGUCAAGUUAAAGAGAUGAAAGCAGACCAUGAAAAGAAGAUUCUGGAGGCAAGAAACCAGAUGAUGGAGAUGCUUGCUGACCAAGAACGCCAUGUAACAAAGAACAAUGUUAAAAUCGAUACAGAAGUGGCUGGCCUCAAAACCAUGUUGGAAUCCCAUAAACUGGACAGCAUUAAAUAUCUAGCAGGGUCGGUGUUCACAUGUCUCACAGUUGUACUUGGAUUUUAUCGAAUAUGGAUGUAAAUGCAGAGAGAUGUGGAACAUCGGCGGGAACAAACAGCAACUCCAAAUCAGUUCUUUACCAAGACAACGAGUCAUAAUGAAUUUAAGCAAGAAUUUAAGCAACACUUAAAUUCAAAAUGAUUAACUGUCGGCUAGAUCUGUCAGGUUCUUGCACUCUUUCUUUUAAUUAUUUUUUUUUAACUUGUCACUAUUUUGUACCUGUGUACUGAGGCAGUCCAGUUAUUAUAAUUUUUAUUGCACUUCAUGUUACAUAGUACAUGUUUUUAUUAUAAUUAUGUUGUAAAAGUGACUGUUCAGGCUGAAUGAAACUUGAGUUCAUGAAAUAGCAAUAGCUAAUUUAUUUAAUUACAGCCUUAACUACAGUGUGUGAUUUCAAUAUACUCAAACUUGUGUUAUAUACUUGUCUGUGCAAAGCCAUCACUAUUAACAAUUCUAUAUUACACUUAUGUCCAUACAGCAGGUAGAUCUUGUAAAAAUGUUAGCGAUAACAAAGCCUGCCCAUUUAGAGAGAACAUGUAUUACAAAUUUACUGUAAUUUGAAAUUGGUGUCCAAUAGAAAAUGAUUGCCAAGGCCUCUGAGAUAUUACCGCUGACCUGACGUUCUUUUUACCGACACCAGAGGGCGACAAAGAAACUUCUUUAAUCUAACCCCGUACAUUCCAACAAGAAUAAACGGUUAUGAUUUAUUUGCUUAGACUUAUAUGUAUUUAAAUGUUGAUUGUCAAAUUAUGUUUAGAAUAUCUUUGGCCCUUAGAGAGGGCCCUGACUGUUGCCACUGUCAAAUAGUAAUACCUUUUAUCAACUACGGGUUUAACCAACGCAUUCAUUUAGUGAAUAAACCAAAGACUAAGUUUUAAGUUCUUGCAUUUGUCAGUUUUGUGUUUUAAUGUGCUAUUUGUAAUUACAGGGCAUUUGUUAGUCUGUUAGAAGCUAAUUAUGGUUAGUAAUGCUUUAGCUUAGUGUUUUCAAUUUUUUCAAGGUCAUGCAACCACUAUAGUUUCCAUGUUUAUAGCACUCCAUACUCCAUUGCUACCACAAUUUAAAAAGCUGUAUAAUAAUCUCCAUAUUCUGAUAAUAUGACAAAAAUAAUAAAAAGAUG